AUGUCGGUGUCCAUUGCCGAUUUCUCCGAGGAGAAAGGUGUCGUUUUCUAUAACAUCAACGUCAAUCUUCCUCUCCGGUCUAUACUCGUCCAGCGCCGCUUCUCCGAGUUCAUUUCGCUCUUUAAUGAUCUAUGCAGCGAUGUGGGCAUCUCAGCUGCCGAUUUUCCGUACAGUUUACCCGGCAAAGGUGGUGUUUUCACGGGCAAAAGCCGAUUGGCGGCGUCUCGCAUAAAACCACUCGAAGAGUUUCUCAACGGCGUCGUGGCCGACCGAGACCUACAAAAUCGAGCUGCGGUCCACAAAUUCUUGGAGCUUCCUCGCAAUUUCAAGUUCAGCAGCUCAAAUGACCAAGAAAAGAAGGUCUUGAACUCCGACGACAUCACCGCAUCCAACUGGCUCUCGCAUUUACGCUUGUUGCGCGGCGCAAUGAGCCAGUUGGGCAAAACGACCGAUAUGAAGUCGAAAACUGCUGAACGGACCCAGAUCAAUUCUCAGAUCAUACCCCAGGCUGAUCAUUUAGGAAGAGCAUUAGAGGCAUUGAUGAAGAGCAAAGAAAUCUCGUCCUCCGAAUAUAAGCUGCGGCUCAACAACAUAAACUCCUUGAAGAGCGAGGCUCAGGAUUUGCUCGCGGCAAAGGCUGCUCCUCCGUCGUCGUGGUCAGCCAAUCCUGGCUCUGGCAGAGAUUUGGGCGGUGCUAGAAAGAUCCAAGAGACAAACGAUACCAUCGCACUCUCUAACAAAGAAUUGCUUCAAAAGCAGCAGCAAGUGCACCGCGAGCAAGACCAGGAAUUGGAGGAGCUUCGGCGCGCCAUUGCUAACCAGCGCCGCAUCGGCGAGGCAAUCAACAAGGAAGUUUCUGAACAAAACGAGAUCUUAGACGAGCUAAACUCUGAAGUCGAGGCUUCGAGAGGGAAGCUCGAGAACGCUCGUAGUCGAACGAGGAAGAUCGGAUGA